AAUACCUGUUUGCUAUUUUGUCCUUAUUGUGUCAUUAGAAUGAUGGAGGAGAAAGAAAGUAGAGACAGAAGCUGAAGUAGUCCUACAAUAAAGGAUCUAACAGAGCCAUCAGCCAAGCAAAAAUUAAAAUUGCUAAAAUUGGAAAACCCAAAUCCAGAGCUUCACCGGAAAACAAAGCAAAGAUUGUGAUACUUCGCCAUUUUUGAGCCUCCUUUUUUCUUGUUUAGCUCUUCCUUUGUGCUUCUCACAUUCUCUUAUGGUUUUCUAUCAAAAACAUCAUCCCCCAUUUCUGGAUUUCUUGUUGCUCCCCACUCAUCUCUUUGCUUCGCCUUCGCCGAAACCCGAGUUUCGUUUCUUUUCAGAAUGUGGGUCUGCUUCUGAUUUUACAUUUCUAAAUUCCUAGUACUAGUGCCCAAAUUGUGCUAGGUUUGAAUGUGUGUAUACCUCAUAGGUGUUUAGAAUUCACUUGGUUUAUAUUGGUCCUGUUCUUGUAUAGAUUAUAGAUAUGGGUUUUGGUGCAGAGGAUAUACUAGUUUGUGUAUGGAGGUUCCUUCACUUUUCGAUGGGAACCAGUUCCAAGUGUAUGCAGAACCACCCCUUUGUUUCAGGCGCUUUUUUAUUCUUGUUCCUCCUUUAUGCAUUUUUCAAUCUAUUUGUUUUCUUCUCUCCAUUUCUCGUCUGCGUGGCUAUUCUUGUUAGAAUUUUUUGGACUUCUGGAGGACUGAUAAUCCUAGAAGCCAAGCGAAAUGAGAAACCGAGAAGUAAUAAAAUGCCGGGUAAAAAUUCUGGAUCUGCUGGAGGUGCUGCUGUGGUUAAUCGAGACGGGAGCUCUUGCAUACAAAAGCAGAAGAGUAGACGAACUAAUGUCAAAAGGCAAUGGGAUGCACAAAGCGAGAAGAAGGAAAAAGAGUUGUCUACAUUGGCAACUUCUCCUAUUGAUUUGGUUAGUAAAACUGUCUUGCUUGGCAAAGAAGUAAGGGCCUUGAACAUGCGCGAGAGAGAAAGAGCAUUUGAUCAUGGAGAGAGUUCCAAUGCAAAAAGGUCCACCGCUGAAUCCAUUCAAGUGCUUAAUGACGACCAUUCGAUCCUAGAUUCUGAUCGAGAUAUCUUGUCAUCAAGCUCAUCCGAUGACGAGUCUGAAAAUUUUGAAGGUGGUGGUAGGAAGGAAGAAGCAGCACAACAGGAUGGGACUAAGGCAGUGCAGUGGACAGACGAUGAUCAAAGGAAUCUAAUGGAUCUUGGACAUUCCGAGAUAGAAAGAAACAAGAGACUGGAGAGUUUGAUUGCCAGAAGAAGAGCAAGAAAGUUAUUCAAAAUGCAGAUUGAGAAAGGCCUAAUUGACUUGGAUACUAUCCUACCAAGUCAAAUUGCUCCCCUUUUUAUUGCAAAGAACAAUCCAUUCAUUACUGAGAUGGACGGCAUGCAAACGCCUGGUUCAGCCCCUUCGGUAAUGUUCCCAGCGAAAAACCCAUUUGAUCUUCCAUAUGAUGCACUGGAGGAGAAGCCGGAUCUUAAGGCAGAUAGUUUCCAACAAGAAUUCACAGCAGUCGCCCAGAAAGACAUGCUAUAUUGUAGGCAUGAGAGCUUCUGUUACGGUGCUGCUUACCCAUUAGAACCUAGGAACAGAGCAGUAGAUGGAGUGGGGUUCUCAAGAUUCAGAAACCAAUCAGAUUUGGGACCUCAUGAUAGGCGUAUUGAAAGAAUGCUGUCGAACAAAGGAGAGCAUGACGAGCUUGUUGAAACACUUUUGGCAGAAGUAGAAGCAAAAAACAUCUCCCAUAUUGACAGCAUUUCUGAAGUUGUUGACAGCGAAGCUACAACACGUAAUCAAGUGACAACUUCAGGGGAAGCCAAAAACGAAAGAAGUAGACAAACCCAAAGAGAGACUGAUAUCAAAGAAAUGAGAGAGACGAAAAAUGAUCAAAAUGUGGAUGUAAUGUCUACUAGAAGUGCAGCUCACAUGGAGCCACAUGUAACUGAUGACAGCAAUGAUGAGUCAACCUCAUCGGAAGAAGAUGAACGCCACUUUACUGCUAAUAGAUCUGGAUUCUCUCAACAUGCAGCAUCAAGAGUGGGACGUGUUCCGCCUAAACCUCUUAACUGUUCAAUUCCUAGCCCAUCAAAUGAAAGGGGAAGAUUGGAAGACCGUUUGUUUUAUGCAGAGAGGGGUCCUUGUCAUACUCCCACGUACUCUAUCGCUUCUGAUCUGCAGGUGGAGGUUUCAGACAUUGGUUCACCUCCGCUAACAGUUGAUGGGGCGAAUUCGCCCACUGAUAGAGAAUCACUGAACUUAGAUGGGGACUUCGAGAGAGAGUAUAUGUGGGCAGCAUCAUCAUCUCAAUCAUCCAGAACAGAAGAAAGUGAAUCAAAAUUCAGGGACAUGCGUGGCUUCAGUGAGAAGGACUUACCAAGCAUGGGAUUUUCAGGAAACAGCUGUAAGAACACCAAGGACGUUGCUGAAUCCUCCAUGCAUUUGCAACAGCCGGAUGAACUAGAUGACAUGUACUCAUUGUCAUCUACAAUGACAGGAAUAAAAGCAGACAGUAGAACCCAUUCAAUGAGUUUAGAGGAUGUCAGACAAGUAGUGGAAGAAGUUGGGAAGCCAAGCACUUCUGGUUUGUCAAAUGCACCUUCACCUGUAAAUCAAGUCGAAAAACUGAAGUCGUCAGAGAAGUUAGUAUCUCAACCAAAGGGAUCAUCAUCUAAUCCUCCUGAUGAGACUACUAAGGUGAAUGCUGUGGCUGCCAACACAAUCAAUGAUUUGAAAGAUGAAAAGAAGAAGAAAGACAGAGAUGGUGAAGCGAAGAGUGGGAUGUCAAAACCAAGUGAGGGGACUGUUGGAGAAUCAAGUAGCAAGGAGGGAGAUUCUGUAAAUCCUGUGAUACAACCAAUAAAGGACAAUAAUAAUCCUGCAGGAGAUCCUCAAAAGGUAACUAAAAAUGAGGGCAGCAAGGACAUGUUAAAGCCAAUUGAUGCUAUAAAGAACACUAAUCCAAAUCAAGACAGUAAAGAUGAGCAACGUACUUCACAAAAUAAAAUUUCUGAGGAAAGGCAGGCUUCUAAAGAUCCCAUUGCAUCAGCUGUUCAGCAAAAUUUGGCGACUCAAGAGGAACAAUGUAAGCCUCCGGAGAAGUCCACUAAGGAAGCCAACAUUAUACUGAAAAAACCAGCAGAAGAUGUCUCACCACAAGGAAAGGAAAUUGCUGCAGAAUUGAAAAAACCAGCUGAAGAAGUUGGGAUUGUAUCCCAAAAAGCAACAGAGGCUAAUGCAGAAUUGAAGAAAACAGACAAAAGAGAUGUAAAGCAAAAAGAAACAGAGCUAGCUCCAGAAUUGAAAAAACCAGCUGAAGAAGUUGGGAGUGUACUGCAAAAAGAAGCAGUCGCUCCUGGAGAAUCAAAAAAAGUAGCUGAAGAAAUUGGGAGGAUAUCACAAAAAGCAUCAGAGGCUCCUGCAGAAGUGAAAAAACCAGCUGAAAGAAUUGAAAGUGAUUCACAAAAAGCAACAGAGGCUCCUGCAGAAUUGAAGAGACAAGAUGAAAAAGUAGAAAGUGUAUCACAAAAAGCAACAACGACUGCUCAAGAAUUGAAAAAACCAGCUGAAGAAAUACAAAGUGUAUCACCAAAACCAGCAGAGGCUCUUGCAGAAUUGAAAAGAUCAACUGAAGACGUUGGGAGUGUAUCAAAAAAACCAAUAGAGGCUUCUGCAGAGUUGAAAAAAUCAGUUGAAGAAACAGCAAGUGUUUCACAAAAAGCAGCAGAGGCUUCUGCAGAAUUGAAAAGAUCAAGUGAAGAAGUUGGGAGUGUAUCCAAAAAAUUAAUAGAGGCUUCUGCAGAGUCUGUAACAAAAAAAGAAACAGAGAUUCUUCAGGAGUUGAAAAAAGCAUCAGAGGCUCCUGCAGAAGUGAAGAAACCAGCUGAAAGAAUUGAAAGUGAUUCACAAAAAGCAACAGAGGCUUCUGCAGAACUGAAGGAACACAUUGAAAAAGUAGAAAGUGUAGCACAAAAAGCAACAACAACUGCUCCAGAAUUGAAAAAACCAGCUGAAGAAAUACAAAGUGCAUCACAAAAAGCAGCAGAGGCUCCUGCAGAAUUGAAAAGAUCAAGUGAAGAAGUUGGGAGUGUAUUGAAAAAACCAAUAGAGGCUUUUGCAGAGUUGAAAAAAUCAGUUGAAGAAACAGCAAGUGUUCCACCAAAAGCAGCAGAGGCUUCUGCAGAAUUGAAAAGAUCAAGUGAAGAAGUUGGGAGUGUAUCGAAAGAAUCAAUAGAGGCUUCUGCAGAGUCUGUAACAAAAAAAGAAACAGAGGUUCUUCAGGAGUUGAAAAAAGCAUCAGAGGCUCCUGUAGAAGUGAAAAAACCAGCUGAAAGAAUUGAAAGUGAUUCACAAAAAGCAACAGAGGCUCCUGCAGAAUUGAAGAAACAAGUUGAAAAAGUAGCAUCUGAGGCUCCUGCAGAAGUGAAAAAACCAGCUGAAAGAAUUGAAAGUGGUUCACAAAAAGCAACAGAGGCUUCUGCAGAAUUGAAGAAACAAGUUGAAAAAGUAGAAAGUGUAUCACAAAAAGCAACAACGACUGCUCUAGAAUUGAAAAAACCAGCUGAAGAAAUACAAAGAGCAUCACAAAAACCAGCAGAGGCUCUGUUGAAAAGAUCAAGUGAAGAAGUUGGGAGUGGAUCAGAAAAACCAAUAGAGGCUUCUGCAGAGUUGAAAAAAUCAGUUGAAGAAACAGCAAGUGUUUCACAAAAAGCAGCAGAGGCUUCUACAGAAUUGAAAAGAUCAAGUGAAGAAGUUGGGAGUGUAUCCAAAAAAUUAAUAGAGGCUUCUGCAGAGUCUGUAACAAAAAAAGAAACAGAGGUUCUUCAGGAGUUAAAAAAAUCAGACAAAGAAAGUGGGAGCAUAACGCAAAAGGAAACAGAGGCUAAUGCAGGUGUGAGGAACCAAGCUACAGAGGGUCCACCAGAAGUGAAAAACCAAGCUGAAGACACUGCAAGCUUAAUGCAAAAGGCCACUAAGACUGCUGUAGAAUUGACAAGUCCAGCUAAAGAAACUGGAAGUGUAUCAGAAAAUGCAACUGGAGCUACUGCAGAAAUGAAAAAAUCUAAGACAGAUAUCGGAAGUGUCUUACAAAAUGCAACAGGUGCUACUGCAGAAUUGAAAAAACCAUCUGAAGAUAUUGGAAAUGCAUUGCAAAAAGCACCAGAUACAACUGCAGAACUGAAAAGACCAGCUGAAGUAAAUGGAAGUGUAUCACAAAAAGAAAAAGAAGCUCCAUUGGAAAUUAAAAAAACUGUUGAAGAAAUCGCAAAUGUGUCGCAAAAAGGAUCUGAGGUUGCUGCAGAACUGAAAAAUCCAGCUAAAAAAAGUGAAGAUGUAUCAGAAAAAGCAAAAGAGGUUUCUACCAUGUUGAAAAGCCCAACUGUGGAAACUGGAAAUGUUUCACAAAAAGCAACAGAGGUUGCUGCAGAGAUGAAAAAAACAACUGACGAGAUUGGAACUUUAGCACAAAAGGCAAACGAGGCUGUUACAGAAUUGAAAAAAUCAGCUGAAGAAAUUGGUAAUGUACCGCAAAAUAAAGUUGAGGCUCCUGUGGAAUUGAAAAAAUCAGUUGAAGAAAUCAAAACAUGACGAACAAAUUGUUGAAGAUGCUGAAAAUGUAUCACAGUACUUAGAAAGGAACCUGAAAAUUCUCCAAGGAAGUCCCUGAAGAAGUUAUUAGUGAAGCUAGUGAUCUCAGUAGCGAGUGACAAGGAAGACGUGCAGGAAGAAGAAAGCCUAUCGGAGGAAGUGAAGGCGAACCUGUGGAGUUCACACAUUCAUCAAAGCCAGUUUAAUUUAAGCAGGAGGCAACUUGGAAUAGCCUGCCAAGAUGUACAAUACUACAGUGUGAAUCAAAAAUCAAUGUUGUGCACAGGCUGUUGAUUCAUAUUCAAAGUGGACAGUAAAAAGUAAUUUCCUCGUUCAUGCAACUGGUGUAAAGGGAUAGGUAAUAUGAUGUGCAAUCACAGUUUACCUGAUUCAUAUGAAUUUCAAGAAGAGUAGAGUAGGAAAGCUUUAAAAGCAUAUGUAACAUGUUAAACUUCAUUUUUCAUUUCCCUCUUUAGUUUGUAGAUAUGUUCUUUGUACCAAGACAUAUUUUAUCCAUUUUUGGGUACUAUAAGAAGCAAAGAACGAAGCUUUCAUUUUCAAACUGUUAUAUAAUAAAAACCAGAUUUGUCAUAGACAAGUUGUGCUCUUUCUCCUCCCUAUCUUCCUAUGAUUAAAUGAUUAAU